CCGCUGAGGUGCCCGCCGGCCUAGUUAACGGCACAGCACUAGUGAGCUUCCACUUGUGGUUGGUUAACUGCUGCGCGCAUUGCUUGCUGGCUGCUGCGCGCCUCGGCUUUUGCUCCUCUGUCCCCUCCGACGCGGCGGCGCACGGCCAGGACUCGAGGAGGACCCAGAGAGCAGAGGAGCAGGGGGAGAGAUCGGCCAGGCUGCGUGGAAGGGGUCCGGGUCCGGCCAAUGGCUCCCAAGAGGGCGCUGUCCGUGGCUGUCGGCGACGGCGGCGGUGCGCCGCCGCCGCCUCUGCCUCCGGAGAAGCGCCAGCGGGCGGGAGCGGGACCGGGACCGGCUCCCAGCCCCGAGCUGCUGCCGCCGCCGUCGCCGAAGCACUUCCUCGCCAUCGUCCUCGUCGUCCUCUUCUUGAAACGACCGAAGGGUCGGAGCACGGACAGGGUCCCCAUCUCCCUCUCGCAGAUCGGUCGCGUGGUUCGGGACCAGAUUUGUCGUUUCAUCAAUCCCGUGUUUAGCAAACUGGAGAAACGUCUAGAAACCAAACUGGAAAGAUUCGAGGAGCGGAUUCAGGAUCUCACUGUCAAAGUGGAUAAUAUAACACGGCCCUCUCCUAACCUCCUCAAUGAUGAGCGAUUCACGCAACAGGAAAACCAGGAAGGCACUAGUGCUGAACUUGUAGGGUUGGCCACUGGUGAAAGCAAGGGUGAAAACACAAGCAUUCGGCUGUGCUUCCUCAAUGAACUGAAGACUCCUGUUUACCAUGACGAUGAGAUAAAAUCUGAGAGCAAUACAGCCAUUAAGGUUGGCAUAUUUAAUGGGGACAAGAUGAUCGAGUCGGGCGGGCUUUCAAACCUGCAAAUUGAGAUCUUCGCCCUUGAGGGCGACUUUCCUCAUGCUUCCCCAAAGAGUUGGACUCCUAAAAAGUUCAAUAAGCAUAGAGCCAAUUCUCGGGAUGGAAACGGAAAUGUGUUGGCAGGAGAAGGAAUAAAAGCCCAGCUUAAGAAUGGGAAGUGCGAUCUUGGCAGCAUCAAAUUCACAGAAGGGUCGUGCAAGGCUCGUGGCGGGAAGUUCAUCAUUGGGGCAAGAGUUUGUGAGGGUGAGGUAUCUGGUCUCCAGGUUCAACAAGCUGUCAUGAACCCUGUGGCUGUGCAGGAUCGCAGAAACAAAUCAAAUGAGAAGAGUCAUCCUCCAAAACUAAAUGAUAGCGUGCAUCGCUUAGAGGAGAUUGCCAAAGUUUACGCGGAAAGGCUAGAGAAGGAGAACAUCUUUACUGUGGAACACUUUUUAAAGGCUUUAAAUAAGGACCCUUGUAACCUCGCCGAAAUUCUCAGGGUAAACAUGGAACACAAACCGUGGAAGAAAAUGACAAAGCAUGCUAGAGAGUGCUCUCUCGAAGGCAGGCACAAGCUGAAACUAUUUAUUUGCACAGAGAAAAAUGUGAAGCUUUUCUUCAAUUGUGUGCACUGUCUUGUUGGAGCAGAAUUUUUUGGUGGUCCUUACACUCUCACCGACAAGUUCAGUUCUGCUCAACGGGAGUUAGUGGACCAGCUGAUAGAGGAUGCAUAUGCUGAAGUUGAUAAGCUCCCUGAGGAUCAUGUGAUCACAGAACACUCUCCUAACCCAAUUCAUGUGGAUAAAUAUACUAGCAUUGGUGCUGGCCCAUCCUAUAUGCCAACUGAACAGCAAAACUGUUCUGUGCGCCUCGCAUCUGUUCAUGGUAUGGCAGCAGCUGAAAGAUUGAGCCAUGAUCGGAUUGAGUCAUCUUGUCUGAAUGCAUACAAUGACCCAGUUCCCAGCUCCAGCAUUCCUGAUCACCCCAGCAUGCAUAACUAUCAAGGUGGAAGUAUUCCAGUUGUACCACUUGAAGGCUUGAGCCAUGAUCAGUACAAUGAGUUAUCAUGUGCAAAUGCAAACAAUAAUGAUCCUGGACCUAGUUCCUCCAAUGCUGAUCACCUCUGCACAUAUGACUCCCGAGACAUAGCAGAUCAAGGGAACCCACCUGCUGGCCAGGAGCAGUUCUCGGCUUUCACUAAUGCCCCGUGUCAAGAUCAAGACACCCUUGGAGGCACGACUAAUAUAAGUCAAUUCGUCUCCCCCGAAGAUAUCGAAUUGACAUUUCUCCAGCACCAAGCAGGCAUUAACAACUACGUGACACCAGGCUUGGAUCUUGUGGAAAUCCAAAGUCAGUUUUUCUGGUUAAACAAUGGCACCUUAAAUGGAUCAGCUUCUGGUCACAUCAAUACAGCAUUACCACCACAUCAACCUAUAAUCCCUGAUACCCCAAGAUCAGCUCAAGGGAGCACACAGAGCCAGAUGCAAGCUCCCUUGGCCCCCGUUAAUGAUGCCUCAGUGGCAUCUGCUUCUGCUCAACAGCCCCUUCCACCACAACAGUGUUAUCUCUGGGACGGGUCAUGGUGAAUAUUGGUAUGGUGGACCUUCUGCCCAUAUCAACAAUGUUCGCUUUUCGGUAUCCUGGUAGCUCAGCGUUGGUCUGAUUUCAUUCCCAGGAUCAGGUCUGCGUGGUAGCAGCAAGAUUGCAAGAAAACAAUUAGAUCAUAAUGUAAUGUAAUGCGUUGUUUCAAAAACAACGUGUAUUGUUUUUGCUGCCUUUGUGCUUGUAAUGCAGAAAGUGUACUGUGAUGUGUGAUCCAGCGUCACUGCAGUGCUAUAGGCUACUGCAUGUACAUAUGUCAACAUGAUAAGUGUGAGUACUAUAUAAACUGCUUUCCAUGUGCUUAACUGCUUACGGCCGACCUGACCGUAAGCUUCAUCUGUGAUAGUACUAUUAGGGUAAUAGGGUGUUUGGUUCCCCGCCAUCA